UACAACAGUACAAAAUCAGCAAUAACAAAGCAUUCGCCGCACUACGCGAACUAUAGAUAUAAGCCAACCACUUACCAAGAUCCAAAGGACAUUGAAAGUAUCGCGGUAGGAGUAGACGACAAGGCGAAGCUCAUGCAAGAAUUGCACAAAGAAUUAAGCAAGAAUAUAGCCUAA